CCUAUGUCGAUACAAUUAGGGCAAACCCAUUACAGUCACAGAAACUUCCUCCAUGUCUCCAGUGACACGGACGCGGCGUUUUGAGCCGAGGCCUCCGCUGUGUCGUUACUAUGUGGACUAUUGGCAGGACAGCAGGAGCUGCUCUCCGCACUCUGCCCCGCCUGCGGUGCGGCUGCACGCAGCUCCCCUGCAGGCUCGUGUCCUCGUCCGGACCCCCGUGGAAGCUCCUGUUCUUCGGCUCGGACCACUUUGCGGUGGAGUCUCUAAAACACCUCGUAUCCAGCAGGAGCUCCAAUGGAGGGAUACUGGAGUCCCUGGAAGUCGUCACUUUGUCCAAGGACGUCCCAGUGAAGAGGUUUGCCCAAGAGCACCGACUACCAGUCCACAGCUGGCCCCCCGACAAUGUGGAUGGACGGUUUGAUGUUGGGGUGGUGGUAUCUUUUGGCCGUUUACUCCCUGAGAGACUGAUCAACUCGUUUCCUCAUGGGAUUUUGAACAUACACCCAAGCCUGCUGCCCAGGUGGCGAGGUUCAGCACCCAUCUUCCACACCAUCAUGCAUGGUGACACCGUGACGGGGGUCACCAUCAUCCAUAUCCGCCCUAACAGGUUUGACGUGGGCCCCAUUCUCAGCCAGGAGCGAUACGAGGUCCCUGACAACUGUACUGCUGAUGAGCUCGGAGCUGCCCUGGCCACUCAAGGAGCACAUCUGCUGAUUGAUACUUUAAUGACGCUGUCCGAGAGAAUAGCACAUAGAAGGGAACAAACACAGACUGGAGCAACAUUUGCUCCAAAAAUCCAUCCAUCCAUGAGCUGGAUGGUGUGGGAGGAACACACCUGUGACCAAGUGGAUCGUCUGUAUCGUGCCAUCGGAUCCCGGAUGCCAUUGAGGACCACAUGGAUGGGCAGGACAAUACGACUUCUGGACUUUGUAGGAAAAUGUCACAUUUCAUUAUUGGAUGAGAAGAGGAAACCGGUGCCUGGUUCAGUGAGCUACCUGAAGGAGUCCAGCACUCUGGCUGUCUGCUGUAAGGAUGGCUGGGUGGGAUUCAAGGCAGUGGUCCUGAAAAAGAGGCUGACAGCAAGUGACUUCUAUAAUGGUUUCCUGCAUCAGGCGCUGCAGAAGAGAACUCCUCACCAGUCAGCUGCAGGGCUGUUUGUCAGCCCGGCACCGGAAGCACAUCGGAGGAGAGGGAUCUCAACCAAUCACGUUCUACCCGGAUGAACACGUCAGAAAUGUCAUUUAUUGUAGAGAAUGUGUUACUUUUGUCUGUUUUAAGACAUCUGCAUGUACAGUUCAUACAUGAAUGUGCUGUUGUCUGACAGGGGACAGCCAUAAACUCAUGUAUAUUUAAACUAAGGCAGUACAAACGAUAGAGUUAUUUACUCUUUGAUCAUUUCUGAAAUAGUAAAUUGACACGCAAACCAGUUUGGAAUUUAAAUGAUUGACAUCUGUAAGUCUGUUUAUGGACAGUUGUCUUACGAUCAGAUGUUAAUCUUUCUUAUAUUUGGUCCCCUUUAUUAAUGUUCAACAGAUGCAAGUGUUCAACCUAUGACAUCAGGAAUGUUAUGCAAAUAAUGCGAUUUGAGUUUUAUUUGAUCAAAUAGGGCAAUCACAUGAGUUGUUAAUAUGUAAUCCAAUGUUAUAAAUAUGAGUUUAAUUAUUGUCUUUCAAUCGGUCAAAUGUGACACAGCAAAAUGCCGUCCGGGGGAUUGGGGGUGACACUGAUCUCUCGGUCAAGGCAAGUUUCCCUUUCUGUUCAGGGAACACAGUCCAAGUAAGACUGAUUGAUACAUGCGCUGAAUAAACUGCAAUGACACGA